AUGCUAUGUUUCUCUGUUACAAGGCUAAAGGAAAAUUUCUCAUCCCCAAUUUCUCCAUAUUUCUAUCAUCUGAGGUAUCCCGUUCAAACCCAUCGCCGAUCGCAUCUCUCCCUCUCUCAACCUGCCGCCGCCGUUGCUCAGCCACCCAUCACGCCGGUCGUUGCUGCUCACAACAUUCCGAUUUAUUUAACAUUCCAAUUUCAAGAGAUAAGCUCGAAGGGAGGAAGAGAUAGCUUAACUAUAAUGACACAUUCCUCCACUUCAAGUUUGGUUGGAAUGGAGUCAUAUAGGACUGGAAUGUAAUCAUGUGAACAUGGGUUGAAUGGCUGGAAAGGAAUGGGGUGGAAUGGCCGGAAGGGAAUCAUGUGAAUAGGGGUGUAAUCUGAUACAAAUAUGGUUUUUUUUUUUUUUUUU